GGAAGAGGUGGUAGUAUCGGGAACGAGCUCGUGGCCCUCUAGUUUCGGAGGCUUCGCGUUCAUCGCAGGGAGGAGGCGGCGAGCGCGGAAGAAAGGCUGCGGCCAACCUUCGGCGACUCCUGACCUCCGCGCGACGGGCCUGCCGCCGCUGUUGGUUGGAGCAUUUGACAUUGUGCAGCAAAGAAAUGGUUAUGGAGAAGCCCAGUCCGCUACUUGUGGGGCGGGAGUUUGUGAGGCAAUAUUAUACUUUGCUGAAUAAAGCUCCAGAGUAUUUACACAGGUUUUAUGGGAGAAAUUCUUCCUAUGUUCAUGGUGGAGUAGAUGCUAGUGGAAAGCCCCAGGAAGCUGUUUAUGGCCAAAAUAUCUGUUCCAAAUAAAUUUUAUGUUCACAAUGAUAUGUUUCGUUAUGAAGAUGAAGUAUUUGGUGAUUCUGAACCAGAACUUGAUGAAGAAUCAGAAGAUGAAGUAGAAGAGGAGCAAGAAGAAAGGCAGCCAUCUCCUGAACCUGUGCAAGAAAAUGCUACCAGUGCUUACUAUGAAGCUCACCCUGUGACUAAUGGCAUAGAGGAACCUUUAGAAGAAUCCUCUCAUGAACCCGAACCAGAGCCAGAAUCUGAAAUAAAGACUGAAGAACUGAAGCCACAAGUGGAAGAGAAAAACUUAGAAGACUUAGAGGAGAAGUCUACUACUCCUCCUCCUGCUGAACCUGUUUCUUUGCCUCAAGAACCACCAAAGGCUUUCUCCUGGGCUUCAGUGACCAGUAAAAACCUGCCUCCUAGUGGUACUGUUUCUUCCUCUGGAAUUCCACCCCAUGUUAAAGCACCAGUCUCACAGCCAAGAGUUGAAGCUAAACCAGAAGUUCAGUCUCAACCACCACGAGUUCGUGAACAGCGACCUCGAGAACGACCUGGUUUCCCUCCUCGAGGGCCAAGACCAGGUAGAGGAGAUAUGGAACAGAAUGACUCAGAUAACCGUAGAAUAAUUCGCUACCCUGACAGUCAUCAACUUUUUGUUGGCAAUUUGCCUCAUGAUAUUGAUGAAAAUGAACUGAAGGAAUUCUUUAUGAGUUUUGGAAACGUUGUGGAACUUCGCAUCAAUACCAAGGGUGUUGGGGGAAAGCUUCCAAAUUUUGGUUUUGUGGUUUUUGAUGACUCUGAACCAGUUCAGAGAAUCUUAAUUGCAAAACCAAUCAUGUUUCGCGGAGAAGUACGUUUAAAUGUGGAAGAGAAAAAAACAAGAGCUGCAAGAGAACGAGAGACCAGAGGUGGCGGUGAUGAUCGCAGGGAUAUUAGGCGUAAUGACCGCGGUCCUGGUGGUCCACGUGGAAUAGUGGGUGGUGGAAUGAUGCGUGAUCGUGAUGGAAGAGGACCUCCCCCAAGAGGUGGCAUGGCACAGAAACUAGGCUCUGGAAGAGGAGCCGGGCAAAUGGAAGGCCGCUUUACAGGACAGCGUCGCUGAAGCUCCACUGUUGGCAAAGUCUUGGCAGUGGUACAUAACUCAUCGUGUUUGCAUUCUUGUUAAUUUUUUUUGGCUUUGGAAUGUGACACAGCCUUUUUGAUCAUUUCUUUGAUGUGAAAAGCAUCUUUUGGUUAUCAGUUAAAUUGAGGUGGACAUUUCCCCAAUUUCACAACAGGAUUCAUAUUGUUAAUUUAUAAAUCUAGACUUGGAGAAUUAAGGACUGAGAAAUGACCAUAUCUUAAACUGUCUACAACAAAAUGAACUUUAAAAGGACAUGCCCACUGAAUUCAGGUCCUUUGAGUGAAAAAAAAAA